AGCAGUUGGAUUGGAUUUGGGAGGAGAAAUUAAAAGAGUACAUUUUAGUGCAAUCAAUGACAGCACAUCGAAAAAGCCUUCAAAUGACAGUCAAGUUAUAUGAAACUUAGAAGGAUAAACAAACACACUCUGAGUACAAAAAACCAUCAAUAUAAAAUCGCAAUUGACAAUGGAUAUGAGCACAGAUGGUGAGAGGCUUUUCUAACUGGUCCAACUAAUAACACAGAAAUGGCUGGUUUUCAAACCAACUUCUUCCCGUCUUACACUCCGGCCCCACCUCACGGUUGUAAAUCUCCGCCACAAGUCUUGCCGUUCUCUCCAGGAAAUGUGCCACCAAGCCCACCACCCAUCAACCCUCCCCCGUCCUCCCCAAAGGUAGCACCACCUCACCCAGCCAGCACACCUCCGCCACCUCAUUAUCCCAGCCCACAGCCUCCAUCACCAAGGCCACCAAGGCCUUCCAUUCCACCUCCAUCACCAGUUGUCAAGCCGCCUCCGCCACACAUUCUGCCACCACCAUCACCGGCAGUUAAGCCGCCACCACAACCAUACAUUUCUCCUCCACCACAACCUGGACAUCAUUCCCAUGUCAUCAUUAUUGCUUUUGUCUCACUUGGUGGACUGUUCUUUCUAGCAUUCCUCUCUGUGGCAUUAUGCUGCUUUAUCAAAAAGAGAAAGAAGAGAAUGGUUCAAGAAAGUGAUGUUGUAAAGGUGGAUGAACAUAUAAAAGUUCAUGAAACAAUUGUCCCAGGUCCACAUGGCACGCAAACUACUUUUAUAACCAUUGAUGAUGAUCUUCAUAUCGAUGAAGAAGUCAAAAAGCAUGAAAAAAAUUGUCAAAGUUCAGUCACAAAGGGCGUGCAGAAACAUCCUCAGGCUAUUGGUGCAAGCACAAGAGCUCCAACAUCUGGUUGAAAUCACAAGCCAUAUUGAUCAUAGUGAAAAAAGAAGUGAUUAAGCGUAAUUUCCAUAUUAAUGUAAUACUACAUUUGUGUUUGAUGCCAUUAUUGAAUGUAAUUUACCAAUAAUCACCAUCAUAAAGCCAGCAAGUUUGAAACGCCGAAUGUUUAUUUUAACAUAUUAUUAUAACAAAAAUGAAGGAAAUGGGUCAUAUAAUGUUUGCAUAAGGGAAUUCUGCUUGUUUCUUCAAGCACUAACUUCAAUUUUAUAUUAAUAGACGGAGAUGUGGUGAUAAUCUUCGCAUGAGAGUCAGAUGCACAUCAACAAGAAUUCUAAGGUUUUAGGAAUUAUUAAGAGCAGCAGCUUGGCAGCUUUUUCGACAUACCUGGCCUUCACUCACAAGACAGUUCAACAACAACAACCCUGUUGGCUGUUGAAUCCCACAAAAGUAGGGUCUGGGGAUGGUGUGUGGGUGCAGACCUUACCACUACCCGAAAUUAGAGAGGUUGUUUCCAAAGAGACUCCAGGCUCAAGAACCACAGGUAAUCACGUACGCAGCCUAUCCCUAUGUUAAAAACAUAAAGCAGAUGACCCAUGAUGAACGUUGAAAGUUGCAUUGACUAUGUGCUACUUCACUACUNUUUUUCGACAUACCUGGCCUUCACUCACAAGACAGUUCAACAACAACAACCCUGUUGGCUGUUGAAUCCCACAAAAGUAGGGUCUGGGGAUGGUGUGUGGGUGCAGACCUUACCACUACCCGAAAUUAGAGAGGUUGUUUCCAAAGAGACUCCAGGCUCAAGAACCACAGGUAAUCACGUACGCAGCCUAUCCCUAUGUUAAAAACAUAAAGCAGAUGACCCAUG